AAAACAAAAGUCAUUCUCUCAAAAUAAAUUAAUUAAUUUUACGCAACAUUACUCAUUAAACCACUGCAACUUCGCUUAAAGCCUCGAACAAACUUCUUCUCACCGCAUUUCGUGAUAACAGGACAAAUUCCUCGUAAUUUACUCACCGUAACUGCAUUUCCUUCCCUCAUCAUCAUCUUCUGACAAAGGCUCCGACAGAAUUUCCUUUCACAUUCAAUAAUUUCAUCCCGAAAUGGACGAAGAGAUGGAAUUGGCGCUGGAGCCAAACAAGACGAAAAACGAGGAACGUUGGGCAAAACUCGGCUUCAAGCCACAAAAAGAGCUCUUUUGCAACAAAUAUUUGCCGUAUGCGGACCAACUGGAUGACGAAUCACAAAAAUUUCUCGUGUCAAUCAAGGAAAAUCUCGCGAAAGCCGUUUCGAUGCGCGAAAUGAAUCCCGGCAUUGGGAUUUAUGCGACGCGAUUACACAUAUACAUCAAGUUGUAUGGAUUGAAGUUCUCGAAGGAAGAUCAUGUUAAAUUUAUCAAACUUUUUUUGGAGUUAUUGACGAUUCCGUAUCUCGAGCCAGCCAAAAUUAACAAACUUUGUAAAGUUUUGACGACUUUACUCAAAAAAUCCCAAUGGCUCUCACCUGAUGACUUACAGAUCGAAUGGCGCCCAUUAUACGAGCUCAGCAACAUUUAUUUGAACAAAAACAACAGCAAAGGCGAUCUUUAUCGCUAUUUUCCAUCCUCGAAAAAGGUCAAAACCUCUCAAAAAACCAACGAAAAUCCGAUGAAUUCAAUUUUGUUAAAGCUUGCGGAACGUUUUGGGAUUAACUUGUCUAACAACAAAACUUUUCUCGAUUACCUUGAGUCGACUCAUGACGAAAUGGAAUCUUUGGAAGCAAAUUUGCAAUAUGUGAUCUCGCAAUGUGCAAUUUACUUCCCGAAAUCCGCAACGCAGGAAAUUCUCGAUGAAAUUUUUCCGAAAUUGCAACCUUUGGAUACGGGAAAAAGUUGUAAUGUCUUCGAGAUGCUCGGAAUAUUUCUCGGAGCAAUGGUUCAUGGGCAAGAAAUUUGGUUGCAUCACAUAAUUGAGAUUUGGGACACGUAUCAAAAUCCUCCAUGGUCACCUGACGUCAUGAUGCUCAUAAGUUGCGCUGCGGUAUCGACAAUCGGAAGAAUUGAUUGGGAGCCGUAUAUUCCGACAAUUUUUACGAGAAUCUUGCGUUCUAUUGACCUUCCUGUGAGUUAUAAGGGCUUGAAAAGUUCACGGAAUCCGCAAAUGUACACGUCAGCUGUAUCAAGUUGGAUCGUCGCCGUUUUGGGUCCAAAAUCCUCCGCACAACAAUAUCUCAACAAAUUCAUGAGCACAAUCGAAUCGUAUCUCCAUCCAGCGAACAGCGGCAAAUGGGUCAUGUACUUGAGCGAAGUCCUCGUCUCCCUUCUCCGGACCUUUUUCGAUCGUCUCAUUUGCGAACGUUACAAGAAACAUCCGUGGAAGGAUCCCGUGCCUCCCGAACACUGCCUAACGGAAAAAUGCAUCACGGAUUUCGUCGAAUGCAUCAAACCCGUUGCCUUGCAAGCGAUGUACUCGAAAAUGAACACGAACGACAUUUGCAAGAUUUUCAAGCAUCUCGCCGAUUUGCGUCCCGAACUGAUAAUUCCCGAGACAAUUGAACGAGUUUACGCGACGAUGGAUUCUUUGACGGAACCGCAUAAAAUGACGGCAGCUUUGCAAUGCUUGAUGAGUGUCGCGCGUGCUUUGGUGAGCGACAAAAAGUACACGGAAGGCAGAACGCACAUAAUUCCGAUAUUUUUCGCCAUGUUGCCGGGAAUUGAUCCGAACGACAUUCGAAAAACGUCGGUUACUUUGCAAUUUUUCACGUCAUUUGCCUUAUCGAUCCCCAUUGUCGACUGCUCGAAGGCGUAUCAGCAUUAUUCGGAUCUGACGGAGGAAGAGCGACUUUUGUGCGAACAAACUGCGGAUUUUGAAGACUUUGCGUUGCAAUUUUUGGAUCGAAUUUUUGUGUUAAUUGAAGCAAGUUCGACGGAAAGCACGAGAUUGGAACAAAGCGAAACGGAUCAAUUGAAAUCUCGCUUCGACGUUUUCUCCGAGGGACUCGUUCAGGCAUCAAGUCAUGCGAUUUUUGGGCAAUGCAGUGACGAGAUCAUUUUGGCGUCGGCGAAAAAGUUGGCUACUUUCGUCAAAACGCAUUUGUUGGAGUCAAGAGUUGCAGGUCCCUUACUCGGCUCCCUCGUGCGAAUCUUUUCCCGCGUCUGCGGAGCAGAAUUCCUGCGAAUUUUAGUGCCUUACUUGACGGAACAAAUUCAGCGUUAUUUCGACGAACACGAUGACUUACCGCAACUCGACAAGCAACGCGACGAACUUUUGUACUACUUAACGAUGCUUUUGAACGUCGUGCGAGGCGAUCCAACUGUCAUCAUCAAAUACAUCGACACGAUCCUGCCAAUUACGGAUUUCGUGUUCGGCUUCAAGUGCAAAGCUGCGAAUCGCCUUUCGUGCACAAUAAUUUCCAACUUGAUGAAUAAUUUGACGACUUUGCAGACGAUGGAUAUUAAAUCUAGCCCGGAUUGUUACAAGAAACCGUUGUCGGAAUGUCUCCCGAUUCGUCGUUGGGGCGAAAAAAUGAAACCAGAUGCGAAAAUUAAUUGGUAUAUCCCGGAUGAAAAUGUCCGAAGUGUUUGUGAGAAGCUUUUGCAUCAUCAUUUAUUGCCGAUUUUGAAGGCUUUGGAGGCGCACAUUGACGACUCGUGUCCCAUGGAUCGCGAUGACUUGCUGAAAAAUCUCGAAAUGGUCACCGGAUUGUUGAGAUGCGGGAAUUUACUGCCAAAUUGGGAUACAGAAGAGCCGUUGAAGCUUUAUGACAGCGUCGUGGAUCGCGUUCAUAUCGAUGUUUCGCUCGGAUUUUAUCAUCAUCACAUAAAAAUGCCCGACGGAUCGAAUGUGCGACUCGCAAUUGUUGACGUCAUGCAUCGAUUACAGGAAAAAAUCCUCGCGACAUCGGAAGACGACAGCAAAUCCCUGCGACAAAUCCUCAUGUUGUGGGAAAAAGUCGCAAUUCGAAAGCACAGCAACACUUCGUUCGACAUGCAGCUCAAAAAUUACAACCUUACGAAGCAAAUGCAGGAUUUCCGUUUGACCAAAUUCAAGAGAGAUUAUCGCGCGGUCGUCAUUACGCGAGUUAUUAUGCAACAAGAUUGCCGUGACGAACUCAAUAUUCCGCUUUUGACGCCGUCACACAAAAAAAUCAUCCUCAAUAUGCUCCGGCUUAGUUGUUCGCAUUACAGCGCUGUGCGAAGUUUGGCGCAAUCGAAGUUGAAUAAUAUGCUGACUUUGUUCCCUUUUAGUUACCGCGUGAUAAUGGAUGAGCUGAUAACUUAUUUGAAAGUCGACACGAACGAACAGCAUGAAAAGUUCAAAGGAGCCUUGUACGUUUUGGGAAGCAAUCAUCGUGCGAGACUUAUCGUGAAACACGAUUGGGAAUGCAUUGAGAGACUUUGGCCGGCGUUGUUGGAGUCAAAAAUGUCGGAAAAACCAUCAGUUAUUAAAUUAUUGGAUUUCUUGAGAGAAACGAUUCAUAAUGAGUUUCCAACUUUAUCGACCAAAAUUGAGAUUUCUGACAAAGCGGUUGAAUUGGCGCAACAACUUGUCGUUUCAGGUUACAUCAAACCCGACCAAAUCGAAAACGGCAAACUCGCCCUCGCCGAAACGGGAAUUCGCAACACCGAAACUUACCAACGGAUCAUUCGCCGCAUUUUAGAGAUCAUCAACACGAAAAACCUCCAUUGGCGUUAUUCGCUGCUCGCUUCUUCCAUGAUUUACAACUUGGUGCAUCCCCAAACGAACUACCCGACGGAAGUCGCUUCGCAUUUCGUCAACAAUUUGAUUCACGAAUCAAUCCAGGAACGAAAAGGCGCCAUCCGGAUAUUAAAUUACGUGAUUCGGCAGUACAAGAGGAAACAAGUGAAGAUCGAUGUUGAUCCAUUUGAGCUUUCGGGUGUGGGAAAAAGACCCGCAGGCUUGCUGAAACCCGGAAAUCGACCCGAUAAUCAAUGGUUGCAGUACGAAAAGGAACUUGUGCCAAAAAAUCAGGAAGAUUGGGACAAACCGCGAUAUAUUUUCAAGACAAACGGCUAUUUUGGAUGGACCACGACUGUUCAGCUGUAUGCGCCGACAUCGCAACAACCGAAAUUAGAUAGAAGUGUCGAGGAAAUGAACGACGUUGAACGCGUUAUUUUCGAAUUUUUCGCAAAUCAAGCGAAUGUCGAUAAAUUAAUCGAAUAUUGGUCGUUGGAAGAGAAAAAAGGCAAAGAUAAGUUCAACAGAUCGCGUUUUUAUCUCAUCAAGUGUCUCUGUAUCCUCUUCGGGGACAUGCUGGUGCCUCAGCUAACAAAACAUCUCGAACGUCUGAUCGAAGAUAAAAGUAACGAGUCGAAUCAUCGAUGCGCCGCGGAAAUUCUCGCAGGUUUGAUGCGAGGCGCGAAACAUUUUUCCUUCGAAAAAACGGAAAAACUUUACGCCGUCAUCAGUCCGCUGCUAAAACUCGCUCUGAACAAAAUCACCGUCGAAUCAGAUGUUUAUUGGGGAACUUGCUUCGCGACAGCAGCUGAACACAUGGAUCCCUAUCGUCAAUGGUGGUUGCACGAAUUGCUGCUCGAAGAGCCUCUCAAGGACACGACGAGCUUCAUUGACAGCAGUCGACUUUAUUGUUUGCAAGGCGCUUACAAUCAGCACGUUUGGCGAAUGAAUUCGGUGUCGUAUCGACUUUUGGAGUACUUGAGACCGUAUCUCGAUCAUUCGUUCCAAAAUAUUCGCGAGAGGAUUGGAAGUAUUUUGAUCAAUAUUUUCGAAGCAGAUUUGCAAUUUAAGGAUGGGCCGGCGCCAAAAUGCCCGAGAGUUGGCAAAAUGAUCGAAGAAUUGAUGCCGCGAUUCAUGAUUUUGUUGGAUGAGAAGCCGAAGGAAGUUGCGAAUAAGAUGGAAGUUGAGGGAGAGACGAAAGUUGAUACGGAAUAUGAUGUUUCGGUGCGAUUGUUUAAGACAGUGAGUCAAUGGCUAAUUGGCGUAAUAAAUCGCUGCAGCAACGGCAACGAAGUCCCCUACUUUUCACUCCUUCCGAUGGCUUGUCGUUUGGAAAAGAACGAAUCUGACACGGAACUCGUCUACAUUUGCACGAGCCUCAUCGCGAUGGUGUCUCAAGCCCUCACGAUGCCUUAUCGCAUCGACAACGUUCUGCAAAAAAUCACCGAAAUCUCGUUGAUGCCUUCUUGGUCGGCGCGUUUGGCUGUCGUCGAUUUGUUGCAAGUUCUCGUUUUUCACAACAUGGCAAUUUUUUUGAGUCGCCCCGAAUGGGUUGAAAAAGUUCAGGAAAUUGUCUUGCGGCUGCUCGGCGAUAAUGUGCUCGAAGUGCGGGAAAAGGCGUCAGAAGUGCUCUGCGGAAUGUUGCAUUGUUCCUUCCUCACGACGACAGACAAACUUUUGGAUCUGUUCAAGACAAAGUGCAAGACGAAAAUCGCGAUUAAACGGGGAAAACGGGUUUGUUCGUUGGAAGCAGCGACGACAGGCGAGUCAGAUGCUGUUCGGAUUCGACACACGGGCGUUUUGGGACUUUGUGCUUUUAUCUCGGCUUAUCCGUAUGACGUGCCGGAGUUUGUUCCGACAGUUUUUGAACAUCUUGGCGCGCAUUUGAAUGAUCCGCAACCAAUUCCGUCUACAAUCCGCAAAACAAUGGGCGACUUCAAGCGCACGCAUCACGACAACUGGGAGCAACAUCAACUCAAGUUCACGGAAGAUCAACUCGCCGUUUUGAGUGACUUGACCGUUCCUCCGUCAUAUUACGCUUAGUUACCUUACUUGACGUUGUCGAAUGCUUCUAAACACGAAAAUCCGCAGAAAAAUCCAAACGUAGGAAUUUUUUUAGAAAAAUUUUCGAAUAAUGCGCUUAAAGUUACAAAUAAAAAAAAAAUCGGGAGAAGUUUUUUUUUUCAUAUCAGUUGUAAGAUAUUAAUUAACAAACAAAAAAAGACUUUGCUGCGUAGGAAAAAGUUAGAUAGGGAAAAAAUCUUGCUCAUAAAAUCAAGCGGAAAUUUUGUAACCAAUUUUUUUUUUUGUAGAAAGUUUUACUAUUGUUAAAUAAUCGAAAAAGGUUCAGUUAUUAUUUAAUAUUAUUAAUGAAAAAAAUAAAUUAAAAAAAUUUAGACAAAAAAUAACGGUAAAGGACAAAAAGUUAUAUGAAAAUGCCACAUUUUUAUGUUUCUA